UUCUCAGUUCUCAUUUCGCCGCCCUCACCAAACCAAACCUCUCUCUCUCUCUCUCUCCACUCUUUCUCUCUCUAGGGCGAGACGAAAUGAUGAAGGCUUCAGUCAAAGGCAAGUACGAUGGCGACAAGAGCACCGGAGUCGGUUCACUCGCCUUCAACGCUGGCGAUCUUAAGCUACGCGCCACGAUGACCGAUGCUACCUUCGUCGCUGGGCCUACCUUGAACGGCCUCUCUCUCGCCGUGGAGAAGCCUGGUUUCUUCAUCGUCGAGUAUAACGUCCCUAAGAAAGAUGUUAGGUUUCAGUUCAUGAACACAGUUAGAGUUGCUGAGAAGCCAUUGAAUCUGACUUACAUUCAUAGCAGAGCUGAUAACAGAACAAUCGUGGAUGGGAGCCUUUUAAUUGAUCCUGCUAACAAACUCUCUGUUAAUCACAUGGUGGGAACAAACAACUGUAAGCUUAAGUAUACUUAUGCUCACGGGAAGAUUGCUACCUUCGAGCCGUGCUACGACUUUGCCAAAAACGCCUGGGAUUUUGCCGUUUCUCGCAGAGUUUAUGGUGAUGAUGUUCUCAAGGCUACUUAUCAGACGUCUAGUAAGUUGCUUGGUAUGGAGUGGUCAAGGACCUCCAAAUCCACUGGAUCUUUCAAGGUAUGUGCGUCUGUGAAUCUGGCGGAGGAAGUGAAAACGCCCAAAUUGACGGCAGAAACAACAUGGAACCUUGAAAUGUAAUCUCAUUUUACUAUUAACCAAGUUUCCCACUCAAUUUUUUGGUGUUACAUACGAUUAAACUGGCCCUUGCGAAUCAUCUUCCCACAUUUUAUGGUACAUUUCGUGAAACAUCAUACAUGCUUCUAUUA